CCAAAGUUUUCCAAGCCUCAGCUGCACUAGUACUAGUACUAAGAUAGCUCCAGACAUAUGCCUCACAACACUCGUCCACCAACAAACCUCCAAAACCGCACCAAACCACUAAAAUCAGCCUUACGACGCACCCAACCAAGGCCUGUCGUUCAUGUAGGAAAAGACGAGCACCAUCACCCAGCAUCCGAGUCUGAAGCGGAACUUGAGUCAGAUGGCUCAGAGAGCGUUUCUGACAAGAAAGCCGGUGAUGCCCAGGACGAUGACGACGACGACGAUGACGAUGCAGAUGCGCCUCGAGUGGUACAGUGGGCAGACGAGCAAGAUGAAGAUAGCGAAGGACUUUUAGAAGAGGAAACAGACGACGAAGACACUAAUGACAUCCCCGCGAAACCUUCCCGAGAACUGCGGUCCCUCGAGGGCGAUCUAUCUUCCCUACCUCUAGGAAUGCUCCGCAAAGCCCAGCGCACCCUCUCUCAAACGCGCGCUCUGACCGAUUCCGAAUCAGAGUCCGAGUCAGACGCACCAUCAGAAGAUGCAUAUGCAACCGACGACGACGAGGAACGCCCACGAUCGACUACAGCCACAGGCAAGGAAAAAGAACACCCUAGAGCACGCAAAGACCUCGCCAAAAGAUCCAGCAAGCACGCGCCCACCGAAAUAACCUCCAAACGACCCGUCACCCGUCGACGAACAGUGAUUGAAUCCACAGCACCCCAACCCCGAGACCCCCGCUUCCUCCACAUAACAGGCUCCUACGACCCCCAAAAAUUCAAACACCAAUACACAUUCCUCUCCACCCUAUACACCGACGAACUCAAAACCCUCCGCUCCAACCUCUCCCGCGCCCGAAAGCUCCUAUUAAACUCCCCCAAAGACCUGCGCCAAGAACGAGAGCGGGAAGUUGGGAGACUGGAGCUUGCUGUGAAGAGGGGCGAGAGUAGUGUUAAUAGGGAUAAGAGGGAGAAGGUGGAGAUGGAGGCGCUGGAGAGGAUUGGGAGGGAGGAGCGGGAGAAGCGGAAGAAAGGAAAGGCGGGGUGGUGGAUGAAAUCGGCCGAGAAAAAAGAGUUGCUGAUAAAAGCUCGCUACGAGGAUAUCGCAUCAAGUGGGGGAAAACGUGCCGUAAAGAAAGCGAUAGAAAAGAAGCAGAAGAAACAGAGUCAGAAGGAGAAGAGAUCGCGUCCGUUUCCGGCUCCAGGUCGCACCAACGCCAACGCCAACACCAGCUUUGGAAGCGCAAGUGGGCAGAAGCGACCCGCCCGAUUUACUUUAGACGAAGAAAGAAGCUCUCCCUCAAAGAAACGCAGGAAAUUCUGAAUUCUGAAAACAUCAUCAUCAUCAUUGUCAUCAUGUUCUAGUCAAAAAGUACAUGUCAUUGUUCGAUCCGUUGGAUCCUCGAAUGAUGAAUUCGAUUACCCUUGGCACGAAUGGGGGUAUUAUCCAUUGCUAUUUGGUAAGGUAU